GCUAGACAGCGACGUUGACGGGAUCGACAAUGAGGAGAAUCCGUAAUCGUUCAGCGUCCAUUACUUUUUCAUCAGUUUCGCGAAUUCUACCAAAUUUGCUUCUAUUCCGACGGUUUUACUUCGGUGAAUUUUAGCCUUGAAAGCCAAUCGACAUAUUGUCUCAUCAGAAGCAUAAGACAGUACAGUGAAGACGAAAAGAGUUUGCAGUAAUCCAUUUCAACGUAUAAUAGCUACCGUUGGAACUAGAGUUAAUUGGCGCUUCGAUUUCAGGAUUUUUCUGACUCCUAAGCCCUCAAGCCACCUGCUGUUGAAGAACACCUCAAAAGUUACUAAAAAUUUAUUAGCCUUCAUCAAUGGGGAAUGUAGUUAGUUCUGUUUCCUCUGGAUUUGGUCAACUCAUCGACAAGAUCCUCGGUCAUCCUCUUGAUUUCCUAUCUGGAAAAAAUUGCAAAUCUGUAUGUGCUCCAACAUGGGAUUUUAUAUGUUAUGUCGAGAACUUCUGCGUUUCUCAAUUGCUCAAGCUCAUCAUGGUUGCAUCACUGGUUUACUUCUUGCUCUUAUUCUUAUUUCUGUUGUACAAAUUGGGCGUCUGCCAAUGCAUUUGCCACAUUAUCUGUGGAACCAUUUGGGGCUGUUUUGCCACUUGCUUCUCAUCAUUAGAAUUCUGCUGCACCUAUUGUUGCUCCAAGCUUCAAAAUGUCAAAAGAAAUAACAGACGACGAAGAAGAAGAAGAGACAUCGAGGAGUUUACUCCACCUAUCAUCACAAGUGAAGAAGAAGAAGAACACAACUUGGGAUCCCGAAAACAUAAGAGAUCCCACGAGAGGCGAAGCCACAUACACGAGCAUCUAAGGAGAUCCUUGAGGCCUGUGAAUCAUGUCACACACUUGGAACUCUCCAGCAGAUCGAUUGAUCAUCCACGCAGGAAAUUGGUUCUAGACGAUGCAGGGGAUCCCGCGAGCCAUGUUCAUCACCAUGUUCGCAUCGCUAGAAGUUCGAGGUUCUCGCAUAAGGGAUCGAGCCAUAGGACAAGAAAGCAUCACCCAAGAAGGUAA